UUAAUAGAAGUACUAGUACGAAUAAGACGGAAAUUUGCGAUUGUUUCUGAAUGACCGUGACACACGAGUAUAAACACUUUUUUGUGAUUUAACUUAGCUGCUAAUCGGGCCUGUGAACCUCAUCAACCGUUCUAGUCCAACCGUUAUGAUUUUUCUUUAUUCGCCAGUUAUGAAAAAUGAUAUACUCCUAAGUACAAUAUGGUUGUUUUGAUGCUGCUCGAUUAUGAUAGAGGGUUGUUUUAUGCUUGCCUAAGCAUCAGUACGUAAGAAGGUUCCAUCGAAUAACUCUCUCUGAUCGAUUUGCUUGUGUGAAAACAGAGAGAUUGUCCUAUUAGUCAUCUUUUCCUUGCUGCCAAUGUUCGUCUAUUCUACGUAAUAUACACAAACGGCUCACUUUUCAAGCAGGAAACACUUAUCGCAUUGUUUCGCACUUAGAAGACUUCGAUGGAAACAGCAAAACAUGCGCUCCGUCUGCGAGGACGUAGUGUGCUUUUUUUUUAAAGAAGCUUCAUCGAGUAAGGGGUGACACCACAGGGAGUUGACAGUUUUUGAAUUGCCCAUCGCAUCGGAAUCGAUCGUACGACGUCAGCCUGCCAAAGCUUUAUUUCCCCUUUCGAGAAGGCGCUAUAUUUAUUGUUGGUGUGUCGCGUGUUUGUUUUGGAGACCCACCGGGACGGUGAUGUCGGAACGUGUGGAAAAGACAUGCCUAUGAUGGCAGCCUUCGUAAUAAGUUUUAUCAACGUUGCUAGAAGGAGGAGGUUUGGGGUAGAGUGUCCAGGCGUUUGUGUAGAGCGUUAAAAAUUUGGUGUGAGUAUGCAUAAUAAAGCAAACAGUAGUAGCAGAGCAAGGGAUUCGUAUUCAUUCCGUCCCAACUGAUGAUGAGAUCACGAUCAACGUCAGAAGACGGUAGUCUAAAGAGCUGAAUACACGGAAACGCGAGCGACUGAGGAUUAAGAUUUUCAUCCAAAGCUCAAACUAUCGUAACCAAUACUGAAGAUUCAAAGAUUCCAAAUCUUAGUCUUUUAAAAGUGCCAUCAGAAGUCAGUAUGCCGGUUCUCGUAAUCUCGUACGUUGAACGUUUUACUCGAUCGGGCAGUAUAAACGAACAUCCUUAUCAAAGUUUGCCUGUUGAAUCAGGCACGUCUAAUCGACGAAGCCAUGGCGGACUGACGUAGCUUGUGCAACAGCUAGAAAGAGCGAGAAAUAGACGAGGUUUGCCCACAGUAGGCGCGUAAAUUAAAUUAGCGAUAACGCCGCCACUGUGCUCCAUCACGCCAGACUCAUGCUACGGAGCGAACAUAGAGGAGGACAUAGAGGAUGUGAUAAAGAAGAAAAUCAAAUAAAGUAGACCGUCGUCUCACCAGCUCUCCAUCUAGCUCUAGUCUACCUCUUUUUGCUUCGCAGUGCGCGAUUGUGUCAUGGCGGACAUUUAUUCUUCUUCUUGCGAAGUACGUCGUGCAGAAAUGCGGCGAUGACACCAGUGUUACUGUAUGACGAAGUGAGGAUAGGAGCUCUGCUUUCUACCAGCUCGCAGACACAUUGAUCUAUUUAUUUUCCAGCCAGCGGAUGCAUGCGAUUGUGGAGAACUCUGGGGGGAUCCUGUGUUGGAACAGCUUGUGCUACGGGGAAGAAAUUCUGGCGUCUAUGUAAAAUGAGCUGAUACUGUCGUUCCGGAUAUUUGCAGGGUUUGCAGGUUCUAACUUAUUUGUCUAAAAGUUGAAUACUAAUCGGCUAACUGUCAUAUUUGACAACUAUACUGACAACGUUCAUCUUCCAAAAUAGUAAGCUCCACUGAGGAUGCUUUUGUUGACUGGAAGUUACGCUUCAAACUCAUCGUGGAAUUCGCUCUAUAAAUUGAAUAUUCUACUUCUAGUAUCUCGUUUCCCAUCAAUGCCGUUAUCAAUUGAGCUGAAGUACGUACGUUGGAGGAACAGUGGAAUAGAACACCAAUCGUCUCACUCAAGAGGGCAUGAGAAACUCUACAUGAUGUUAGCGAACAGAGGAGGGUGUGAAGUUCCCGCGUGAGAAAUGCGUUUGUGCUCCCUUGUCAACGGGCGCCUUAUUCCACUCCCUGAGUAUACGUACAUUCGUGUGCGAUCAGCUGUCAGAGGGCGCGUUGACAUGCUGAAUGUUAUUGUUGACGUUGCGUUUGCGUGUGUCCGUUAUCUGUAUCUUCCCCUCUCUUUCUUUUGCUCUCUCUUUCUUUCUCUCUCCCUCUCCGCCCCCCCCCCCCCCUCCAACCCCUUUUUUGCCUUUGUUCAUCUCUCAUAUCGCUUGAUAGUCGAAUUGUUGUAAAGGAGCAGUCGCAGCAGAACCGAUGUUUUUCAGUCUUUUCGAGUCCGAGCGGAUGAGCAAGCGGGCCUGUUCGUUGUGGUGGUGGUUUCAUCAAACCCUGUUAGUUGGCCCCCAUACCGUUUACGACCCUAUGCUACUUCGAUAGAGAGUAGGCUAUCGGUGGAUUCUCGCGUGCUCUGCGGCUCUGGUUGAUUGAUGUUUUUGUUUCGCAGCUCUAUCGGUCAAGAUCGCGUUUCGGGACAUAGUUAUCGUUGUGUGACGGGCUCAUCCGUGGUUUAAUUUGUGACUGUACUGCUGUAGGUGUUUAAAAACCGAUUUAUAAGAUAGUAGUGAAUUGGUUCAGUUUAAAUGGUGUGAAUCGACUGUUAUUGAGAACUGUCUCUGUAAGCCAACAUAUCAGUGGAGUGUUGUAGGCAUUGAACAAAAGUAGCCAAUUUUUGGGUGAAUAUUGUAUAACAUAGAUGAUCCAGGUGGUGGACGCGGUCCAGGAGGUGGAGGGGAUGGUGGCGUUAAACACGCUAUGGAAAUAGCAAACCACCACCGCAACGAAGGCAAAGCGACGUCAGUGAGUCAGCGGCAACAGCAGCAACAGCAACCCCAGCAGCAGUAUUUGUCCAACGCACCGCCAAGCACUAAUGGUGAUGGUGGUGGAGAACGGCAGGGUCAGCUGACGGGGGGCGUAGCAGGGGUAGCAGUAACGACUUCCACGACCAACACUACCAGCACGAACCUCAAGUACCUGCACAAGAAGUUCAAGCGUAUCGCCAGCGCCACGCUCGCGGAAGAGGAAGAGUCGCAGCAACAACAGGCGGCGACGGUAACGGCGGCUACAGCGACAUCGUCCACAACCACAUCUACGUCGACAGCUACAGCCACGAUCACAGGGAACGGACGAACGGAGUCCGAAGUGGAUGCCGUUGCGUCAGCAGAUCAACCGUUGGUGGUGUCCACAUGUUCAGCAAACUCGUUUCUCCCAGCCGGGUCGACGUCGGUACGAUCGUACGAGUUGAGUGCCGCCCAAGCGAGCGUAGCAUUAGCAGUGGAGCGAAUCGCUGCCGACCGCGUUGGUGAUGAAUCGUCGCAAAUUGUGACCGUGAGGACGGACGGUAGGAACGGUCGGAGGGCAGAGGAUAGUGAUCGUGUGCUCUCCGUGCACCAUCCCGUCUCAUCGAGUGUACCUUCGGACAAGUUCGGUCCACCGCCGACGGUUGAUAGGGGAGCGGCUCUUAUCGGUAUCACUGCCGCCUUCGAUUAUCACCAGCAACAACAGCAGCAGCAGCAGCAAUAUCAUCAACUCCAUCCAUCGCUGCAUCCUGGAGUGGCUGCCAUUGCUUCAUUCCCUCCCCAGUCGCUGCUUGUGCAUCCGCACCGUCAGCUGCUCUUUGGCCAUCAUUCUCAGGGGCCAUCCUCGGCGCAGCAGCAACAACUCCAACAUCCAACCAGUGCAAACAGCAGCAACAGCAUUAGUAGUAGUAAUAGUGUUAGCUGUAACAUUACCAACCAGAUUGGUAGUAACAUUAGUGCUAACGGUGCCGUGCUACUCCCGCCAGUGGCGCGCGUACCAUCGUCUGGGCCGUCGACGUCCCAAAUAGACGAUAACUGUGAUUUAGGUGUCGCAUCGAUAGCUGCGUUGACGAAUCGUGCCGUCGACAAACCUGCCGCAGCGGUGCAGUACGUUGUGAGUUAUCCAGCGUCCCAGCACCAUCACCAUCCUUCGGCGCUGCUGUACGCCAACGGUGGCGUACCGUCGGCGGUGCGUUCGCAACACCCGGGCCUAUCUUCGUCUUCCGGUGGUUCUUCGGGUUCUCCGUCCCCACCGACGGCGGUACCCAGUGCCAAUCUAAGCACCAAUACCACCGUCAACAACAGCAACGCAACCAUUAUCAGUACCAACCACGUAUCGGCGACAGUGGCUGCGAACAGUGGACCGUCAGCCGUCACCGUGACACCUACAGGCCGGUACGUCUGUCCGUACUGCCAGAUGAACUGCAGCAAACCGUCGGUGCUGGAGAAACACAUCCGACGGCACACGAACGAACGACCGUUCAAGUGCGACCUGUGCGAGAUCGCCUUCAAGACCAAGAGCAAUCUCUACAAACAUCGCCGCUCCCGUGCACACGCAUCCAAAAGCCAAGGUGAAGAUACGUCCGGUUUGUCCCUGCUAGACGAGGACGGUGGUUCUCUUGGAGGUUCCGAUAUAGAAGACAAGGACCUUAGCAAUAGUGGAUCGGAAAUAAUGAACUAUCGAGGAUCACCGAUGGAUGAUCGCGUAAACUCACCCCAGCAGCUGCUGUUGGAAAAACCGUACAAACCUAAAUUCCACAAUGCUGCUAUGUAUACCAGAUUCGAUAACAAACCUCAUAUGGGAUCGAUUGGAGGAAACAAUCCGGUUGCUCAGCAAUCCGUAGGUCCGUCGGCAAUUGGAGGAUCAGCUAAUAGCGUAAAUCCGACAGUACCUCACUAUUUGAACGGUCAAAAUGUGGAAUCACUUGAGCAGCACAUCUCGAAGUUGAUCUCGCAAAAUGAAGCCAUUGUUGAGGUGGUGGAGGCGCCGCUACAGAAAAAGUACCACAAAAUAACUGGAAUUAGUCGGGGCAUUUCAGUGAGCGGUACAAGCGCAGCCGCAACAACGAGUGCCACCGUUUCAGCAAACUUUAAUGCUAGUGCUGGUGGUGGUGUUGGUGGUGUACAACAUCCUGCUGUUAGUCAGGACAGUGCGCCUUCUCGUUUAGCAAAUGCACUGCUCCACAAGCGGCAAACCGAAGAGAUGCAGCAAUUGCAACUACAGCAACAACAGCAACAGCAGCAGCAACAGCACUUAUUACAUGUGCAGCAGCAAUACAUAAGCUACGUUCAGCAUCAGCAGCAGGCACAGCCAAAUGUGAUAAAUUUAACCAGUAAACCGGUAGUAACGCCGAAGUCGAUGAUUGCCUUGCAGCAACAGCAAUUGGUUCCGGCACCCGGGUCAAUGAUUGCGCUGGGUGGCAUCCCUCCAGUGAUUGGAAGUCAUCUGCCGCAAGCGCACCUUCUUGUGAACGGAUCGGAGAGUGUUGCUGUGCCAAGCGGUAGUAAUAGUUCCUCGAUCGGAGACGGGACGAUUCAUUUUCAACCGUUGAAUCUUACCAAAGCAAACACAGCCGGAUCUGUGCAGGUCAUUGCUAGAGCAUCGAUUCCAACGCCUACACCUACCAUUUCUUCGUCAUUGCUAGUAGCGGUUCCAGCACCUACACCGCCGGAAGAAUCGUCAGAUGUGCUCCAACAGCAUCUUCCCUUGCUUCCAUACCGAAAGCGCACCCGUGAACCAUCACCAGUCGUUGUUGUUGCGAGCAGUUCUUCCACGUCCGGUGCAUUGGUGUCGUUGACCACUGUUUGCACCACUACUACGACUUCAAUAGCUGCUGCAAAUUCAGUCGCAUCCCAGCCACCUCACGUUCCGCUGCACAUUCAAGUGUCGACGAUACCCUCGACUCAGAGUACGUCAGCUGAUCGACCACACCGACCGACACCAACACCAACUCCUCCACUAACCGUUGCCAACCAUCCUCAAAAUCCGGAACGAUCAAUCAUUAAAGAUUUGCUGUUGAACUCACGUGGCUUUGGCGUGGUACAGAAUCCGGACGGUGAGAAUGGAGAAAAUUUGUACACGUGCAAAAUGUGUAACGUAUCGUUCCGCGACGUGGAUUCGCUCAAGUAUCACAUGAUCUGUUACUGUCAGGGCAGCGGAAGCUCACUGAACAGCCCAUCGGCUUCCUCUAGCGCACCGAUAAGUCCUGUUGGUUCACCAUCGUCUGCGGCGGCAUCAUACAUUCGGUCGAGGUCCGUAAGCAGCUUGAAAAAUUUAGCACGUUCUUCGCUGAACCCACCCGCCGGUCGCAAUCCAUCCUCACUAUCGAAGCUUGCCAAAUCUCAACUUACGCGCCCAAAAGUGAAACCGGAAAAUAUUUCACUUCCGACUGCCGCCGAUUCACCGUCAUCAUCAUCAUCUUCAUUGCAAACGAUCGUUAGUGCAUCGGGUUCGAAAAGCGGUGUUAUCGAUACGGUUCAAAAUCCUUUACCAUCGCCAGGACCAUUGCUUGGUAAUACGCGGCUUGUGGAGAGUGGAAAGUCGCCCCGUAAUGGUAACUCUAACCCUGACUCGAAUGAAGGAUCUUCGAAGAGGGCACGUGUAGGUACGGUUGAACCGUCGACAUCCGAGGCGAUUGUGUCCGAUGCAUGCGCCUCUAGUGCUAGUAACAAUCUACAGUUGUUUGGUGGUGAAGUCGAGGUUGUUGAACGUUCGCGAGAAGGUGAACCAAAGAUGACCGACAUCGCAACAGGACCGAUUAACGUACAUCGUUAUGGUUCUGGUGGAACAUACAUGCAGUACAAUAGCGGCGCGGAUGUUGAAGAUGACGAGUCUCAUCAACGAGAACUUCAUUUCCGUCGUACACUUCAUUCCGGUGGCACGUUGAUGGAGAUUUCAAAGCCCACCGAAUCGGCGUCAACAGUUCGUGCCCGUUCAAAUACGACCGUAACUGUUGCACCGAAACCGGUAGUAGCUCCACCAACACACUUCCAUUUUCCACCAAUCAAUUCUAUAACAGCGUAUAAUCCGCUAACGUUGCCAGCGGCUCCAGCUCCAGGCCAGGCAUCCCAGAUAGUGCACGGUGGAAAGCUGAUUCCGUUCGUUCAAGGGAUACCCGGACCGAAUACACUUUCAUCUGCCAGUUCACAAAUGGAACUGAUGCCAUCAGUACGAACAAGCCAAACUGGUACGAACACACAAUCACUUCUAACCAUUGUGGUGCCUGGAACGAACGGACCAAACAUUAACGCCACUGCUUUGAACAAUGACUCUAGCGCGAUGCACUACAAACCACACCAAAUAGGUAGCUCUUCUUUACUUGCUACAGUUGGAUCGCGAGGUCCUUAUACUGCAGUAGCACCAAGCGAACAAAUGCCACCCUUGGUGGAACAGUCCAAGAAAGCGGUAGCUCCGAAGAAUGGACUCAAUCGGUCGGAAAUUUGGUCACCGGCGAAACAACAGUCGCUUGAUUUCAGCAGUCCUUCGCCACCCGCUCCGAAGAAAAGCUUCAAUUUUACGCGCAUGGCUGAUAAUAUAAGUCCCAGAAAGCGAGAGAACGCAACUGCCUCGAAACCGGACGAAGUGCGUCAUUUCCACUUCGAUACGGUGAUUGCCAAGUCGGAUAUUUUGAUUAAACCACCGCCACCACCUCCACCACCAGCUUCAUCCACUGUUCAGGAUGCUAGCACGUCUUCCGGGCAAGAUAAUUUAGCAGCACCACCAUCGAAAUCGAACCGCUUUCUGCGACCAAAUACGUUGCCUCUGAAACCGGGCACGUUCACACCGAAGCGCCAUCACGGAAUUACGCCCACGAACAACACGAUGCCGCUGAUCUCUCCGGAAACACCGCGCCCAUCAAAGAGUUGUCGCGAGCUUUACUUUAACGGGCACGCGUACACCAACAUUGGAUUGAAAUCGAGCACGAAACCGUUCUACUGUACUGUUAAUAAGACGCAACCGUUCUAUUGUCAGACACCAAAGCAACUCUCCAUGUACAGCAAUUGGCAGGUGCAUCCGGAGAAUGAUCCACAUCCACUAGGGCUAAAGCAGGUCAAUGUGCUGUCACUGUAUGACUCGAACCAGCAUCGUGAUCGACGGUACGCAAUUGCCGGCUCCAAGACUUUCCCACUAACGGUUGUUAAAAGCAGUAGUAGCGGAAGCGGCAGAAAUAGCGAUUUCACCUCCACUACAUCGGCGUCCUCAUCAGCGUCAUGCGAAUUUAAAGUUCGUGUUAGUCCGGUUGAAGUGAAAUCAAACGUACCCUGUCCACCGGCCUAUGUGCUGGCAUCACUGGCAUCGCAACAACCGGCCAACUCUAUAGCUACUACGACGACGGCCAACAUCGGUCCUUUUGAUCAUCAGCGCCGUUCACUGUCUCCGUACAGCGAAAAGUCCAAACAGUCGGAAGUGCUCACCGGUGGCGAUACGGCCGGUAUGGGUGGGUCACUGUCCCGGCAUCAAUCACGUAGCGCUUCGGCAGAACGAGCACUUUCCGGAGGUUUCGAGAGCACCGAGGAGUACACGUACGUGCGAGGACGAGGUCGUGGGAAGUAUGUAUGCAACGAAUGUGGCAUACGCUGCAAGAAACCGUCGAUGCUAAAGAAGCAUAUCCGAACACAUACUGACGUUCGGCCCUACUCGUGUCAGUACUGCAGCUUCCACUUUAAAACGAAAGGAAACCUGACGAAGCACAUGAAAUCGAAGAGCCACUUUAAGAAGUGUACGGAAUUGGGACUGAAUCCUGUACCGGUGCAUGUGGACGAUGAUGGUGCUGAUAUCGACAUCGAGGGAGACCAACAGUCGGUUUCUAGCGAGCGAACCUCAACGAUCCCCGGCGAUUCGGAUACAGCUAGCGAUACCGAUGGCGAUGACACUGAUGACAGUGAAGAAGUUAAAAGUCGUCUACCGGAGCACGAGGCUGCUGAAGGAUUGUUAUCCCUUUCGAUGACGCGUCCAACUUCAGCUUGCAGCAGCACCGGGCAGCAACCUGGUGCUCCAGGAGGUGGCGGAGAGCCGGAAGCAGCCGCUGCGUAUAUAACGCAGCACAUAAACUCUUAUCUUACUCCCGAUCAACAGCAACGGCACGGUUACAACACCACCAGCUCUCCUAAACCUCGCCCUCUAUCGCCAUCGAAUACAGCGAAGACAGAUCAGCCGAGGCGCAUCAUAACCUACGGUGGUGGUGGUCCAAAGUUGGAGUUUAACCUGCUCAAACACGAACAAUACUACUCCGAUCCUAAUGUGGGCAAACGGCGCCGUGACGGCAGCGACCGUUCCUUCCCAUCGGCAAGCGAUGAAGCGGCAGCUCAAGCCGGAGAUGCAGACGAUGAGGAUGAUACAGCACGGCCAAUUGAUUUGACAAAGAAAGCGCGCCCACAACUGAUGCCACCAAACGUUUCAUCGAAGAAUCCAUAUGAUCGUGCUCCGCAGCAACCACUCGCCAUGGUAACGCCGCUACAAUCGCAGUCAACACCCAACAGCUUGAAUCAUCCAACGGCGCAUGUUCGGUACGAUCGAGAACAGAUACUGCAACCGCAUCCGGUGGUGUACGAGAAUCGACGUCAUCCGCAACAGCAGCAGGUGAUUGUACGUGUAUCGGAUGUGCUAGCACCGAUCACCGGUGCGGCCAACUUGCUAACGACGCUCGUCUCAAAUACAGACAAAAUUCCGCUAGUGACCGGUCCGUUUGAACCGACAGGCGGCGCAACACCCGGCGGUGCUGGUGUAGAUGAAAAUGCGUACUUCCAUGAAUACUUAAAAGAGCGUGCCCUGCAGGACACACGGAUCAAGCAAAGUCAGAUGAAACCCAACACUGCUAGUAGUAUUGUACCGGAUCCGCUGUCUAAUCCUAUUCGUGAAGUUAUAUCGCAACGUCGUGAAGAAGAACGGUUCAGCGUUACGUCACGGGUAGCAAUUCCAAUCAUUGCCGCUAAAGCAACACCACCACCAGCAAUUAUUCCACCACCAGCGUUGGGAGCAACCAUACCACCAAGUGGCCCUGCGAUAUCUAAUACUAUUGCAUCUACCAACACAACCAGUUCCGUCUCUUCAGCCGCUUCAGUGGCAACUACUUCUACGGAGCGUGUUUAUCGGAUCUUCAGUGGAAAGAACGAACGGCAUCGAGCUUCACCACUAGCAGUGGAAACUGUAACUCGUGAACCGAAAAGUCCUUCCGUGGUAGUAGAACUGGACAAAGACAAGACAGUGGCAGAGAUCAUUCCCUCCACCGCUAAUCCCGCUACGAUAAGUUCAGCUCGAAUAACGAGCAACGAAUGUCCGAUGGUAUCGGAAAACGCCUCACCAAUGGACACGCUGGCAGAAAUCGCCGCAGGUUCACUGAAGCUCGACGUGUCUCGCCCACAACCGGUGGUAGAAUCGGAAGCUACGGUAACCUCUCGUCCUCGAUGCAACAGUACAAAUUCUUCCCAAGCGAAAACUAUCGUUCCGCCUGUGCCGGAAAGCGCCAAAACGUUGGCCUCCGAGUACCUGAAACUGGCACAAGCGGUAACGAACGUUCGUAAGCGUACGGAGAGUGAGAGUGCGUUGGGCACACUGGGAGCUACUGCCACGUCGGCUGAGCAGGAUCCACUUGUGGGUGGAUCCGAAGGAACAGCCUCUCAAGUUCCCGUCGUAGUUUCGACGGCAUCUCAGCAGCAACAGCAGUCACCGGCCGGUGGAAAUCUUCUCGCUCCGGUGGGAUCCACUGUGACGGCACCGCAAGGCGGCGGUGUACCUGGUGAGAGCGGUGCUGCUGGCAGUAUUGUUCCUCCUGCUCGUAAGGUAGUCGUGGUUGGUGAGGAGGGAUUCAAAACGACCGGUGUACGCGGUAAUGCGGGUGAGUUUGUCGGCACACCGCCGAGCGCCUUCACGACAAUGCACCAGGAAGACGGAGGACGGCCGGUGUGUGAGGUGUGCAACAAGAAGUUCCACAAACAGUCCCAGCUGAGCAUUCACAUGAACAUCCAUUACAUGGAGCGCAAGUAUCGGUGUGAACCGUGCGGUACCAGCUUCCGAUCCCAAGGGCUCUAUCUCAAGCACGAACGGUCGGCAACGCAUCGGAAUAAAGUGUCGAUGACGACGACGUUCGGUGUAGCGACGGAUAGCAAUCCGCGCCCGUUCUAUUGUCGUGACUGUGAGGUAGGUUUCCGUAUCCACGGCCAUCUGGCCAAGCACUUGCGCUCCAAGAUGCACGUCCUGAAGCUGGAGUGUCUCGGCAAGCUACCGUUUGGAACGUACACCGAGAUCGAACGAUCCGGUACAAAUCUCACCGAGAUCGAUACGUCGGAUUGUGAGAAUUCGCUGUCCAGUUUGAAGCGGCUUGCAACGCUACUCAAUGUCAAGGAUCCGGCGAAGGUGCUUCCUGCUGGAGGCAAUGGUACCCACAGUAGCGGCAGCAGUAAUAGUAGCAGCAGCAGCAUUUCUUCAAGCAGUAGCGGAGGUGCAGGCACUGCCGGUGGAACUAGCGGCAACGAAACAGAUAGCUGUGAAGAUAACGAGGAGGACUCUUCCCAACCGUCGCUAAUGGUGAAUGGGACGAAUGUUGAGGUGGAUCGCGAUGACGAUCAACAACAACGUAACAUCAAUAACAACGUUAAGCGAAAGUCUGAUGAUGCAGCAGGAUCAGAUGUUGCUGAGGUGAAGCGUGCCCGGUACGGGGUGGAAUUGGACGGGUCUUCAGUGGCUCCUCAUCAACCCAUACCACCUGCAGCGAGCAGCAACUGCUAGUAGAUCCAUCAUCCAAGCAGACGAGAUGAAUACCAUUUAGUACUACUACUAACAACACCAUCGCCGUCACCACUGGUUUCCUACGAUGACGUUGGUGGUGAUGCUGAUGAAUCGUGAUGCAGUUUUAGUUCGAUAAGUGUAGUGUGUUGUGCCAAGCAAGCCAUGAAGUGGAUUUUAAUUGCGAAUUAGAAUAGUUUAUAGUGUUCUUUCUAUUGCGUCGGGACACCUUGAUUUGAUCAACCCGUUGUCGAAUAGUUUUAUAGAGGAAAAAACAACAAAUAACUAGCACAGCCAAGCAAAGAUCGGUUCAAACAGACCGAGGUGUGAUAGAGGAUAUACCGUUAGUACGUACGUCGCGUUCCAUGCUCCGGAAGGUUGGCGUUUGUUGCAAUGCGUGUCAUAAGCUGCAUUGCUAAACAAACAGCAUUGAAAGAUACAUAUAUACGUAGAAGAAAGAACCAACACGUUACACAAACGAUACAGCGAAUUGAAUCGAUCAAGCUAACAUUGCAUCUAUCCAACUGUUUGUGGAUGUUGAGAAAAUCACCCAUGGUGGUUUGAUGAUGAAUGGAAAAUGGAAACAAAGUGAAGCAUAUCGUUUAUUACAUUGGUAUAGAGUAGGAUCGAAAGCGAACCCUUUUCGGUCGUGUACAAAGAAUAUCGUACCGGUGGAAUGCGUCCGUUUUUAACUUAUGAACCUGAACGAACUUUGAGAGUAUCCUCACGGGUCAGGCAGCACGGAGUAGACUACAAAUCACUACAGCAUUUGCAGACCAAUCUAUAUUUUCUGGAAUAAUUUGAUCACGCGAAGAGCUCGGAGGUUCUAGAUGAAUCUUCGUACAGCAAGCUAAAAAACAACACUAUAUACGCAUAUAGCAACGUCUACGUAUUACCUAAACUUUAUACAAAACCGCGUAUGUAUCUAUUAUAUAUGCAUCUAUUUUUAUAUGGGCAUACCGUAUUUUGCGUGCCGCUCACUCUCCCACUCUCUGAUGUGCUGAUGGGCGAAUUUUAAUUUCCUACCACCAAUUUAUGAAGACCAAACUUACCACAGUUUUGUAGUUUUGUAGUUCCCUUUUCACGUCGUAGCCGCGUGAGCCAAAACACAUCCAUCAUCAACAACAACAACAACAACAACAGGCCAAUCCACCGAGUGGACACGUCUCGUCUUGCAUAUCAAAACAUUGAAUGACCAGGCAAAGAACAGAAAAAAAAUACUAACGAACAGAGAGAUAUAUUUUAUAUCGCUUUUCCCGUUUAGUGCGGCAGAAACAUUGUGAGAUUGUUCCAAUUCUUCGUUUAUUUGUCUUCCACGCACUUUGUGCAAUUCAUGGUUACGGUUUAUUUAUCUUCGGUUUUGAAAGGAAAGCGAAGGAUACGUGUUUGAAUUUUAUUCUUUCCCUUAAAAGCUGUGCGCUUCCAAGUGCCCAGUGCUGUGUGUUGGAUUAAUCUGGUUGGUUGUUUGCUUUUUGGUUCACACAUCCCGACUUAUUGCGUAUUGAGUGUAGUUUGUUGAAUGGAAGGAAUGAAAUAGUAUACACACGCCAUAUUAAUGCUAAACGUAAUAUCAAACGCGUUACACUUUGUAAAGCGAUAAGCAAAUAGUGUAAAACCAACCUGCAAACAAAACUAGCUAUGCAGAAAUGCAAAAAAAAAACAAACGAAUGUAAGCAUAGACGUAAAACAAACGUGUCAAACUGUGGAAAUGAAUGGAACAAAAUGAUAUAUAGAGCAUAAGACCAGGUAGAAUAGUAAGAGUAAUGUACUAAUUGAUUUUUUACAUACAAACAAACUCAUAUGCGCGUAGCAUGAUAUAACAAAUCGUACAGUCAUUCACAUGCUAGUUUAAGGACGCAAAAGGAUGCAAUGAAUGGCGUGAAGAGAAGAAGGUGUACAAUUGAUUUCGAAAAGCUCCAACAGGAACAAUGAACCGACAAAAGUAGCUUCCAAGUGCAAUAGCAACACUAUUUGUAAUAGUUUUUUUUAAAUCUUCCCACAUAAAGAGAAGCGUGUAUCGCUAGUCAGCAACCAGUUUUACAAUCUUCUACAUCUACUACACAGCAACAAAAAACCACCUGAGAUAUGGCACAUGGCACACGAUCCUAGAAUUGAAUUGAUUGAUCGAAAAUAUGUGCAAAUCAUAGAGCGAAUAUUGAUCCUGUUCGGAGGGCUGCAAAACACAUCGCAGUAGCAAACCAUAAUAUAUACACCGCAUAUUUAUGAUGAACAUACACACACGUGCGUAAAAUGAGGUAACACUAUAUACAUAUACAUAUUUUGUAAAACACGCGUAAACAGUGACGGCAAACAGUGUAAACGAUAAACAUCCUAUCAGCUAAGCCCUUUCUAUUGUGUAAGUCGAUUUAAAUGAUAUACAAACAAAACACUCGCUGUGGAAAGAAUAUGGAGAAUAUAU